AUGAGCCAAAAUAACAGCAACAAUCAGGCCAAAAGUGAUGAAGCCAAAGUUAAAAGACCAAUGAACGCAUUCAUGGUCUGGUCGAAAGGUCAGCGACGAAAAAUUGCUCAAGAAAACCCGAAAAUGCACAACUCAGAGAUAUCAAAGCAGCUUGGAACGACGUGGAAAAAUUUGCCCGAUUGCGAAAAGCGUCAAUACAUAGACGAAGCUAAACGAUUAAGAGCCCAACACUUGGUCGAUCACCCAGGGUACAAAUACAGACCCCGUCGUAAAACGAAG